AUGUUUGGAAGUUUUCGGCAAGCAGCAGCCAAUCGGCCUGCCGCCCUCCCCUUCCUGUGUUUGGCUCUCUGGUCACUGGACUUACCCUACGCAGCCUCUGGUGACCUGGGACCUUGCCGGGCCGGUCGCCUCCUCCCAGGGGAAGUAUUGAGCCUCGGAGGAGGGGUGAAGCCCAGCUUGGAUGCCACCUCUGAGCAGGAAGUCCGAGAGCCCACCCGGGCUGCUUCUCCAGGAAAGAGACAGGCCUGGAAGGGCGAGGGGCCGACUGGACGCCCUAGGGCCUGGAAAGUGGGCCACGCAGGGGUGCGGCUUAGGGGAGCCUGGACAGGGGGCGGUGAUGCGGCAGCCAUCGGCGCAGAUUCCGGCUGGGGCCUGUCUUUGGGGGAAAGCGCUAACAUCCCAGAGUACGCGAAUCCAGAGCCGGUCCGCGGGCCAGAGGCUGAGGCCGGACUGCCUGCUGAUUUCCAGUGUUCACCCGGACUGGCCGCGAAGAGCAGGGUUCCCGUGUCCACCCCGCGCAAAGCUCUGGACUCGGGAGCUCAAGAUGCCUUCCCUGCAGACCGCUUACCCAAGGCGGGACGGGGGGCGCGCGCGCAGCCCAGCGCGAGCUUUCAGGGCCGAGGCGCGCGCAGGCGCGGCCGGUGUCGCCUAGCAACCAAGAGCAACAGUGGCCUCGGAGGCGCGCGCGGACGGCGGCGGGUGCGGUUCUCCGGGCGCGAGGGGCCGCCGCUCGGCGGGAUCCGCCGGCAGGUAAAGGCGGGCGUGCGGCUGCGCGGCUACUCCCGCGGUUUGGAGGGGCCCGGGGCCGAGGUCCCCGCAGAAUUGGGGCAAGGGGGAGGUGCCCAGCGCGUGGGGGCCUCUGGGACAACCGACGGAACGAAUGCCUCGUUGGGGGUUGUCGGUCCCUGCCCUGUGCGUCCAGUAUCAGCCGGGGAUCCGGGUGGGUUUCCUAAGCAUCCUGGCCUCCUUCCGUUUAACAGAAUGGGUAAAAAGGUAAAGAAGGAAGCAGAACCCCCUCCUAAGGAUGUGUUUGAUCCACUAACGAUUGAGAGCAAAAAAGCGGCAACUGUGGUGUUAAUGCUUAAUUCUCCAGAAGAAGAAAUUUUGGCUAAAGCAUGUGAAGCCAUUUAUAGAUUUGCUUUAAAAGGUGAAGAAAACAAAGCUACCCUCCUUGAACUUGGAGCUGUGGAACCUUUAACCAAGCUGCUCACCCAUGAAGACAAAAUUGUAAGAAGAAAUGCUACCAUGAUAUUUGGAAUCCUGGCUUCUAAUAACGAUGUUAAAAAAUUGUUAAGGGAACUAGAUGUCAUGAAUUCCGUCAUCGCUCAGCUUGCUCCAGAAGAGGAAGUGGUGAUUCAUGAGUUCGCCAGUCUUUGCCUGGCGAACAUGUCUGCGGAGUAUACCAGCAAAGUGCAAAUAUUGGAGCACGGCGGGUUAGAGCCACUCGUCAGACUGCUGGCCAGCCCAGACCCUGACGUGAAGAAGAACUCUGUUGAGUGCAUUUACAACUUGACCCAGGAUUUUCAGUGUCGAGCUGCACUUCAAGAACUAAAUGCAAUCCCCCCUAUAUUGGAUCUCUUGAAGUCAGAAUAUCCAGUUAUUCAGUUGUUGGCUCUCAAAACCUUAGGUAUUAUUACAAAUGAUAAGGAGGCACGAACAACGCUGAGAGACAAUCAAGGAGUGGACCACCUUAUUAAAAUCCUAGAAACUAAGGAAUUGAAUGACCUUCAUAUAGAAGCUCUUUCCGUGAUAGCCAAUUGCCUUGAAGAUAUGGAUACUUUGGUGCUGAUUCAGCAGACCGGGGGUCUUAAGAAGCUCCUGUCCUUUGCAGAAAAUUCUACAAUUCCUGAUAUUCAGAAGAAUGCAGCAAAAGCAAUUACUAAAGCAGCUUAUGAUCCUGAAAAUAGAAAACUUUUUCACGAACAAGGGGUUGAAAAAUGCCUCGUAGCCCUUUUGGGCUCUGAAAACGACGGAACUAAAAUUGCCGCUUCCCAAGCGAUCUCGGCAAUGUGUGAGAAUACGGGCAGCAAGGAAUUUUUCAAUAACCAGGGGAUUCCACAGUUAAUCCUGCUGCUGAAGAGUGACAGUGAAGAAGUGAGGGAGGCCGCCUCCCUGGCCCUGGCCAAUCUAACCACAUGCCAUCCCGCUAAUGCAAAGGCUGUUGCUGAAGCUGACGGUGUUGAUCCGUUAGUAAGCAUCCUGUCGAGCAGACGGGACGGAGCCGUCGCCAACGCGGCUACAGUGUUAGCGAACGUGGCAAUGCAGGAGCCUCUGCGCGCCGGCCUCCAGAGCCACGGCGUCCCGAGCGCCCUCCUGGGCCCGCUGCGUUCCGCGAACACGGUCGUGCAGAGCAAUGCGGCGCUCACCGUGGCCGCAACUGCGUGCGAUGUGGAGGCCCGGACAGAGUUAAGGAAUUCAGGUGGCCUGGAGCCGCUGGUCGAGCUCCUGCACUCGAAGCAUGAUGAAGUAAGAAGGCACGCCAGCUGGGCCGUGAUGGUCUGCGCCAACGACGAGCUCACGGCUGUCGAACUUUGCAAGCUCGGGGCUUUAGAUAUCCUUGAAGAAGUUAAUCUAUCAGUAAGUCGAAAAAAUAAAUUCAGUGAGGCAGCUUAUAACAAAUUGCUCAACAACAACCUGUCUCUGAAAUAUAGCCUGACUGGCUACUUGUCAUCGAGUAACAUAAUUAGUGAUGGAUUCUAUGAUUACGGUCGGAUAAAUCCUGGCACCAAACUUUUGCCUUUGAAGGAUCUCUGCUUACAAGAACCGAGUGAUCAACGUGCUGUACUUUUAGUGAACAGUAAAUCAUCUGAUGUAAAAAAUAGUUAUCAUUUUAGUACCGGAUUUGGAUCUCCCACAGAAGAGAAAUCCGAGCCUCCUUCUGGACGAAAUACUGCUCUUAGCAAAGGCACCACAAAAGAAAGAGGAUCAAGGAAAGGCCGAGGGAAAAAAGAGGAGGAAAAAGUGAAGGAGGAAGAAGAGGUUUCGACAUUACCAAAAUUGAUGGGAGAAGGAAGCCCCGAGAAAGAAUGGUAUCCUCCCUUCGAUCCUGACUUCCGUGUUUACGUGUAUGAAGUGACCAAAUCAAUAUUUCCCAUAACCAAUAUUAAGGAACAGAUUGAGGUCCUUGCAAGGUACGUGGCAGAAAAAAUGGGAGGUAAAAUGUCAAAGGAGAAACUCCAUAAUUUCAGCUGGGAACUCCAUAUCAGUGAACUAAAAUUUCAACUUAAAUCCAAUGUUGUGCCAAUUGGACAGAUCAAAAAAGGAAUCUUCUAUCAUCGAGCGUUGCUUUUCAAGGCUCUGGCUGAUAAAAUUGGCAUCGGCUGCUCUCUGGUUCGUGGGGAGUAUGGCAGAGCUUGGAAUGAAGUUCAGUUGAUGAAUGAAUCUCGUAAGGGACUGAUCGGGGCUCUCCCUCCUCCUGAGGUCUACAUAGUUGACCUCAUGUUCCAUCCAGGCCGGCUGAUGAAGUUAAGGAGUAGAGAGGCAGAUCUUUACAGAUACCUCUAA